AUGCGAGGAAAAGAUGUGUCCUGGAUACCCGGUCUGGAUCACGCCGGCUUAGCCACUGAGUUGGUGGUGGAACGUCAUCUGGCAAGGGGUGGAAAGGGCAGAUCAGGCUCAGUCAAUCCACGUCACGAUCUUGGUCGAGAGGCCUUUAUCAAAGAAAUUUGGAAGUGGAAGGAAUCAAAGUCGAAUUCGAUAUUGGAUCAGCUGAAUCGUCUGGGACUUCUGCUCGAUUGGCAUUCAGAGUACUUCACAUUCAGUCCCGAACAUAGUAAAGCCGUGAAUGAGGCUUUAUUUCGAUUGAGUGAUGCGGGAUUGCUCUACCGUGCCAACAGUCUAAUCUCCUGGUGCUGUCACCUUCAAUCUGCUAUCUCUGAUAUUGAGGUUGAUCGAAAGGAAAUUACAGAAUUCACCAAACUCUCUGUUCCUGGGUACGCCACCAAACAGGAAUUCGGUUACGUAGACGUCUUCAAUUAUAAACUACUUAAUGAAGACGAAGCAGUUCCAGUUGCCACUACUCGUCUGGAAACGAUGCUUGGUGACACCGCCUUGGCAGUUCAUCCUGACGAUUCAAGGUAUGCCCAUCUCAUUGGAAAGCAGGUGGUGCAUCCGUUUGUUAAGAAUCGGGUUCUACCAAUUAUUGCGGAUGCAGAUCAUGUUGAUCCAAAUCAAGGCACGGGUAAGGCUGACUAUUUUUAA